AUGUCUAGCAAGGGUUUUCCUUUCCAAUAUGACAUCGGAAGAAGAAGCAAUUACGUGGGACGUGGCCAAGAAACACAAGUGGAGAACAUCAAAGCCUAUGUUUGCCAACCCCCGUUCCCCACAGGCAAAGCCAUCGUUGUGGUUCAUGACAUAUAUGGGUGGCAGUUCCCCGAUACCAGAUACGUGGCUGAUAUAAUUGCUGCCGAUGGAUACUUAAUCAUCUGCCCAGAUUUUUUUCUGGGGAAAGAACCUUGGACACCUAAUGAUCGCUGGCAGAAUUUUGGGGACUGGUUAAAGCAUCGGGAUCCCAUGAAAGUAGACAGGACAGCUGAUAUCAUCAUGAGGUGUCUAAAAGAACAGUACCAUGUCAAGAAGAUUGGUAUCGUUGGGUUUUCCUGGGGUGGAAUGGCUGUACAUCACUUGAUGCUCACAAAUCCUGAACUGAAGACAGGGGUAUCUGCCUAUGGAAUUAUCAGAGACAGUGAAGACAGAUACAAUUUGCUGAACCCCACAUUUUUCAUUUUUGGAGAAAAAGAUCACACCAUUUCUAAGGACCAGGUCACUUUAUUGGAGCAGAAAUUGAUGGAAUAUUGCCGAGUAGACUACAGAGUUAAAGUUUAUCCUGGACAAGUCCAUGGCUUCGCUCAGUGCAAGCCUGAAGACACAAGGCCCAAAGAUGUGCCUUACAUUGAGGAGGCAAGGAUAGAUAUGCUGGAAUGGCUGAACAGAUACCUUGCAGGUUGA